AUGAAUAUUGCCAAGGGAACAAUAUUCGUCCUUCUGCCUGGACUUGGCAUGGUGGGGAACCUCUCUGUCUUUGUGAAUUACAUGUGGAUUUGUUUCAUGGAUGCUGAGAAGAAACCUGUACACAUUAUUCUCAUCCAUUUGACUUUCACAAAUAUAAUAAUAAUUUUAAACAAAGCGAUGCCACCGAUGAUGGUAGCUUUUGGUGUGAAAAACUUCCUACAUGACACGGGCUGUAAGAUAGUAAUUUUCCUGGGCAGGGUGGCUCGGGGCCUGUCCAUGUGCACCUACAGCCUCCUCACAGUGGUCCAGGCCAUCACCAUCAGACCCAGGGCCUCAGCGUGCGGCUGGCACCAACCAAAGGCAGCUCGGCACAUCCUUCCCUGUCUGCUCUUCUUCUGGGUGCUCAACUCUUUGAUAAGCAUGGACUUACUCCACGUCCUCACAAGCAGCAGCAGAAAUGGAUCACAUGUGAUUGAAAAUCAUUACUAUUGCCAUGUUCAGUCACAAAGCCAGGUAACACGAUGGCUUACUCUCAGUGGCAUGGUCCUUCAUGAUGCCCUUUUUCUGGGUCUCAUGGGCAUGUCCAGUGGCUACAUGGUGUUCCUUCUCCACAAGCACCAGAAGUGCUCACUCUACCUGCAGAACACCAAGCGAGUCUCCACCACACCCCCUGAGAUCAAAGCCGCUCACAGCGUUCUCUUUCUGAUGCUUUGUUUUCUUUUCUUUUAUUGGACAGAUUCUAUGAUUACUUUAUGUGUAGAUUACUCCUUGAAGAAUAAUUUCAUACUUUUAAAUGCUCAAUUAGGGAAAGAUCUGCUAUCACACUCUUCGGUGGUCAUGGACUUUGUUUCCUCUGAGCAGCCUGAAAAUUACGUCUUAAGAUAUUCCUGA